UACAGAGAGUCAUUCAAACAUUUACUUUACUAUUGAAUGAUAUGUAUGUCUGACAACACGUGUCGCCACAGAAGUUGUUUUAGUUGUCCACUCAUCGAUUGCUUUGUGUAUAUUACUAGUGGUGUCGCCUAAAGAAGUGAGCCGACACCGCAACAAUGGUCUCACCAUUGGAACAGUUUGUCGGAAUGGUCCGCAACUUUUCAUCGCAAGGAAGCUUUGACCAAUUGUCGGAUUAUAUCUCAAAAAACAGUGACAUCUUAACCAAGAAUAGCACUCAUCUCGACGAUGUAAUGCAGACACUGGAUCUCCAGGAGCACAGUCUCGGCAUUUUAGCCAUACUUUGCGUAAAACUUAAUCUACCAAAUGUUGAAACAGAGGCACUGUUUCAUCAGAUCUGUGAGUUUAUUGUCGGUUGUAAUGGAGAACAGAUACGAGCGGCGCCGGAGACCUUCGCCUCAUUGUGUCAUCUGUUGACACAGAGACUUGUCGACCAGCGACAGGCCAUACGAGGCAUUGAGCUCUUAAGUAAUGCCAUAACCAAAGUUCAGUUGCAUUCAUCACAAUUGACAUCAAUUCACGCCGAUAUCUGUCAGCUUUGUCUUCUAUCUAAAUGUCUUAAACCGGCGCUUCAAUUCUUGGACAUAGAUAUCACAGAUAUCAGUAAAGAGAAUGGUCACUACGAUGUCAAGUAUUUUCUGCUUUACUACUAUUACGGCGGAAUGAUAUACUCGGCCCUCAAGAACUACGAGCGUGCGCUCUACUUCUUUCAGGUGGCCCUCACGACGCCAUCGAUGGCAGUCAGCCAUAUAAUGCUCGAAUCAUACAAGAAGUAUGUAUUGGUUGCACUCAUACACGACGGAAAAGUGCCGCCACUACCCAAAUAUACGUCACAAGUGGUCAACCGUUUCAUCAAACCAUUGAGUCAACCGUACACUGAUUUGGCCUCUGCUUACGGCUCGAACAAUGCCGAAGAGUUGACCGCAGUUAUCAACAAAUACACCGAUGUCUUUAACAGAGACACAAACAUUGGUUUAGUUAAACAAUGUGUUUCUUCAUUGCAUAAGAAGAACAUCCAGCGAUUGACCAAAACAUUUAUGACUCUAUCGCUCAAUGAUAUGGCAAAUAAGGUUCAGUUGUCGAGUGCUAAACACGCGGAGAAGCACAUACUCGAUAUGAUAGAAGACGGAGAGAUAUUCGCAUCAAUCAACCAAAGGGAUGGUAUGGUUGUCUUCUUAGACAAUCCACAAAAAUACAACUCAUCUGUAAUGUAUCGACACAUCGAGGAAGAUAUGAGGAAAUGCAUACAAUUAGAUGAAAAACUCAAGCAUAUGGACUAUGAGAUUGCAUUGAAUCCGAAGUACAUCCAAAAGAUGAGAGUAGAAGUCGAGUGAUUAAACGAUUAAAACAUUUUAUUGCUAUUACCGUAUAUGUAAUAACUAUUUAAAUGUCUAAAUAUGUCAAUAAAUCUAAUUUUU